AUGGGCCCCUCUGCAGCCGCAGGGUCUACUUGCUCUGUUUCUCCUGAUUCCCCAGCAUUGGUAGUUCAAUGGUUUCCAAGGCUCCGUUGUCAGUUCCCUGAGAGAUUGAUUAUCUUUUUUCCCUAUUACCAUUGGGAUCAACCAUCAUUUUUACCGGCCGGUAAUCCUGGAACCCGCCAGCGACCCGAGGAUUUGGUGCAGGAGUCGGCCAGAACCCACCCAACCCGCGGGUUUCAGGCAGGUCCGGAAUUCACCUGCACAUUUUUGCUGCGCACCAGCGAGACCGGUGGGAAGUAA